AUGGACACCUUUGGCACCAAGUUAAAGCAGAAGGCUCUGAAGCAACCUAAGCAGAAGAAAUCCAAGUCGGCUGAAUUUCUGAUGGGGGAAGAGGAGAGGGAUGCAGUGGUAGGCAUAGAAAACCCAGCUUUUAAUGGAGGAAGAAGUGCCAAGCCUUCUGUUCCUCUGGUUUGGUUGGGAAGAGAAAUUCGAGGUGACAGGCCGGAUAGCACCCUUGCAGCUCACCCAAAAAAAAUGGAGCUGCAAGCCCCUGCCAAAGAAAGAGGAGAUGAACAUGCCCAAAAUUACUUUGACCCAUCGUCGGCAGCGCAGACGGACCCAAGACAUUGCAGGAUGGCCGGGGCCAGCGCUGAAGAUGAGCUGGAAUUAACAUUAUUAAAUGCAGAUGAAAACAGACUGUAUCAGACAAUGGCUGCACUGUUGGAUGAGGACGACACCUUCAUAGACAUACCUGGUACACUGCAAGCCUCCGGGGAUGAGGAGGUGUUGGAGGUGAAGUCAGGUGAUCCGGUGCUUCAGCGGCGACUGAUGCUCCACAGUGGUGGUCGUGCCUCGGGCUCCGGGCCCUCCCAGCCCCACGCCACUGCCAGGACCCAGUUUGAGACUGGUGCUGGGCUGGAAGUGGAAGCUGGACCCGAAGCAGGGAGGAUGGUAAUGGGCAGCGAGAGCACUGUAAAAAUGAGGAUAGCUGAGGAGGUGAUCCCCCACUACACCCAGCAGCUGAGGGAGCGUGUGCAGCCUGACAUGAUCACGCUUGGCAGCCUUUCACUGCAGCAGAUGAACCAGAGCACAACUCCCCAGCCUGUGGAGGUGUGUGUGUGCUGCCUAAGAGCCGCCAGAGACAAACUACCCAGGGGCCUCUACGCUGUCAGCGUGUCCCUGUACAGUCGUCUCGGGGGAUCAGCUCUGGCUUGGCGCAGGGGGAAGGAGGAGCAACAAUGGGCUGUGACCACCGAGCCGGUCGAGCAUCGGGGCCGCUUCUACGACACCAACCUGCACAUUAACCAGAACCUGUUCACGAUUUUACCUGCAGCCCGUGAGGUGGUCCCCUCCAUGGUGCUGAUAUUCCAACUGAUCGCUCUGCCGGGAGCCAGCGACCACGUCAGCUCAGUGGUGGCGUGGGGGGCAUUUCCCGUUUGCGGCCCAAGCCUCGGCCUCGUGCAGGGCAGGUUCAAGACGCCUCUUCUCAGGGGGGAGCCCAACGCACAACUGGACCAGUUUAAAAAAAUUGAAGGCCUCCUCUCGUCUGAUCUCGACCACUGGCUGUGCAACAUGUACUUUCAGGUCAAAAGGCUCCCAUCUAGGGGGCCGGAGCACGGCACCACUGCACUGAUCCCCCCUGCUAACCCCCCAGUGGUGCCCCAACCCGACGCCCAACGUGACCCACUCCAGAGCCAGCUUCCACUGCAGCCCCAGCCCUCGUCCCAGCCCCAGCUUUGUACCCAGUCCAUUCAUCCUCAGUCCCUCUUAUACCCCCAGCAGCAGCCACACGCGGGCCCCAGCAGCGGAGCAGGAGAGCCCGCUGCGGCGUACUCUCACCGGGGGUCUCCUCUCCACCUGUCAGCUGAUUCCGCGUGCUCCUCCUCGUCUCUGCCAGGUAGGGAUCCACCGCCCAUUUCUGGGAACACAGGCGAGAAGGGUGAUCCGUGCGGCAGGGUGAAAGCAGAGGGCGGAAUCCACUACAAGAAGAAGCCAAUCAAGAAGACAAAUAGCUGCGGCCCCAGCAUGAGCAGCGGCAGCGCGCCGCCUCGGCAGGCAGGCAAACAGAGGAUGCGGCAUUCAGUGGAGAACCUCUCCACGGAGGAGAUGGAGGAGUAUACAUUCUCCCUACAAUCACCAGUGACAGGACCUGUCUCCCGCCCCCCGCGCCUGUCCGAACGAGCCCGCCUGGCCCUGCACAUGCUGUCGUCCGACCUGGGCCCGCCGUUGCCGGGGCAACAGCAGCCGCGUACGAGCUGGCGCGGCUCUGUUCGGCAGCUCAGCCUCAUUAUGCUGCUGAUGGCUUUGAUGUGGUUUGUGAGGCUCUACCUGCAUUACUGCAGCCAGUGGCUCUACCUCCAGGCCAUAGCAGUUCCUGUCAACAAGUUCCAGUUCCACGCACACACGGUGGAGCUUGUAUACCAGAGUUCCUUGCUCCACAUCUGGGAGGAGAUGGCGAUGCUGGUGGUGGGUCCCCUGACCUUGAACGCAUUAACGUUCCUGCUGGUUCUGAUCAGAUGGGGCUGUCAACAGAUAUUUGGCUCACUCCCUUCCUUCACGUCAAAGUUUAUCAUGGCUCAGGGAGUGUGGACAGUCCUCGACCCUCUGGCGGUCUUUGCAGUGGACGCCGUCCUUGGGCGUCUCACCUACAGCCCAGACACACCAGUGGGGGACGCGGCAAAGCUCUACUGGCACUUUUAUCGAACUGACCAAUCGGGUGCAGCCGGGCUGGUUAUCACUCUCUUCCUCUACGCGGUCCUGUUUCUGCUCUCCAUCACCAUCCUCUCCAUUUACCUGCUCAGAUUCCACAACGAUGGCCACAUGCUGGACAUCUUUCAGCGGCUCACAGCCAAAGAGGGGAUGUACUUCCUGCCGCAAGAUCUGGAGCUGUCCAAUCAGGAGCUGAGCUACAUUGUCAGGAAGGCAGAGCAGUGGCGAGGCUUCAAUGGGGAGAGGCGCAAGGUGGCAGUUAAUGACUAUAUCUGGACAGCAGAAGACCCCCUCCCUGAAUCAGCAGCAUCCAGCAGUGACGCUCUGAGGGAGGGCGCCCCCCACCCAGAGGGCGAGACCAGCACACAUGUGGUCGUCUACACCCUGUACCUGAGUGGGCAGAAACAAAGAUACAGACACUUCCUCCGACAAUCUAACGGGGCCAUCGUUGAGGUGAUAGGUGACACCGAGGGGGUGCACGGUGAUCCCAGGAUGGCUCCCUGUCCAGGUCAGGGCUCCACCAAUCAGAGGGCAGACAAGGAAGGCAGGAGUGCCCCCCAGCAGCUACGCCAACGGAAGAAACUCUUUUGCCGGUCCCAUCGUGUUGAGCCAGUAGGAGGAAGCGGGUGUGGCUCUAGCUUUGCACUGCAGGACCUCAACCAAUGACAUCAGAGCAAAGACAGAGAUAGUUGGAGCCUGAACUGAUGUAAGUUCGCUUAUCAACCGUCUGUUUGACUUGAAGACGCUGCAGGAUUCUGUAAAGUAGCAUUUACAUUUAUUUAAUACUUGAAUAUUCUCUUUAUGUUGUACUUUACGAUACUUUUACCGUUUAAUGACUGAAAACAAAUGUCGAAAGCCGCUUUUCCACUGGUCAAAAAACCACCCUCUAAUAUCUGGCUUGUGUCAGCUAUGGGAAUGGAUUCAAUCGACAUUCUCUCCCGGGUCAAAUGACUCAGGCUCUGAUUGUCACUGAUGGAAACAAGACACCCCGGUGAAUGUGCUAAUUUGGCAGAAGACAGUGAGGAGAGAGAGUGCCUCAGUUGCCAGUGCCUUGGUACGUUCGUUGACAUCGGACAAAGGGUCAAAAACCGAAAGGCAAUAAAGAAGUCAAUCACCUCUUCGUUUACCCACUCAUCAGAAUAACAGCAAACCAAAUACGAUACACUAGAUCCUUGUCUUAAAGGCUCUUUGUGAUUUAAUAAACAAUGUCCAGUCACACUUCUAAUGAAGGCCCGGUGUCGAGUGCAGCCGCGAGACAGUGAAACAUGAAGAUUCUAAAAGUCACUAAUCAGAAGACGAGUGAUAAAAUAUCAAUAUUGGCCUCACAUUAAGCAGGAUAAUAUUCCGGCCAGCUUGAUUUGUAUUGAACAUGUGUCUGCUGGCUGGUGCUCAGUGUAAUGAAGUGGCUCACAAAUCAGGCAGUAAUGACCACCAACUUACACAUAUUGCUUAAUUAAAGGUUGUGAGCUUAUUAGCAUGUGUCUCUGGCACACGGCGCGGCGAGAUGGGGAUCGGGGCUGAUGUCGUCCAGGGCCAGGCUGUAAAGGUUUUAUAGAUAGCUAACCUAUCAUACUAAAGCCAUAGCCCCCCCCCCCCAUUAAAAUUGGAUCUUAAUAACCUGUCAUUUUCAUUGAUGAUGAUUCUCCUUUAUGGGCAGCCAUUACGGAUCAAGUCCUGGGCCUUGUUGGAUGGCGAUAGCGGUCAUUUGUGCUCGUCAUUAUCAUGAGCACACCUUACUUUGGCCUUGAAGUUGCUCCUCACCUCCAUGUCUAAACCGUCGCGGUCGUAGCCCCCUGGGGGUGUGGCGCACAGUGCAUAUGGACACACACACACUCGCACAUAACACAUUCUCCCCUCACGCACACGUAUCCAACACUUAAGUUUCUGAGGGUCUGACAGAGCCAUGGGCCUUGUCCUCAUAAAAAAUGGGCGUAAAGGUAAAAGAAGUUAGUUGACAUUUCUAGUCCAUCUACGAUGUAGGAUGGGGGAAUAAGUACACAUUGUCGUAAUUCUACCCGGGAUGCAUUAAUGUUUAAUUUCAGUGUACGCAAAUGUUUAUUAGAUGAUGACAUUUGCUUUAUUUUGGUGUAUUUUUAGCAUAGCCAGGAUGUCUUGUUGCAACCUUCCCCUCUGUCUGCCUUUGACACUAGCCAGAUCCUAUAGAGCUAAUGCGCCCCAAUUAGAGAUCAUUCCAUUAACAGUGACAGUGCUACACCCCCCAAUUCAAUCAGGCCCCUAAUGAACAUUAAGCAGAGACGCUGUCUCUCAGAGAUGACAGGAACCUCUUCUCUCCCUCCAUUUCCCCUACCUUCCUCUGCUGCACCAUUUAGACCAACUCCGGUUUGCUUUUCGCUUACUCUGCCUUCUUUCUUUAAUUGUCUAGAUGCGACAUGAUGUAUAUCCUACCCGUCUCUUAUUUGUUUUGUUAUUUUUUUGAUUUACAAAAUCUACAAAUAGUGAUGAAUGGCUUUUGUGAUCUUUUCCACCACCGUUUUUGUUUUAUUCAUCAUCAUCAAAACGAUGCCCCAUGCGGGGAGGUUCCAAACGGGGGGCAGAGGGUGCAGAUGCAGAAGAGGGCAAAAGGUAUUUCAACGGUUCAAAUAUUUGAUUGUUAAUGACAAACACCAUUUCACUGCGAUUUAAAUUUCAAAUUGAUCCCUGCGAGCAAGUUUUUCUGGGGGAGAGGAACAUACCCCAAGGUCUGCACUCCACAAUUUGCUGAUUUAAGUUGAAAGAAAACCUUUUUUUUUUUUGCAGAACUAUCAUAAGGGAACUGCAGCGCCUGCAUCUGCUUAGAGCCAGCCCGACCUGGGGAUGUUGCUGGAGAGUGAGAAAAAGAAAAGAGGGGGGAAAAAAAGAAAACAUAAAAAGAAAAAAAUAACACUUUUGUCUAAUUCUAUAUUUAUAUAGCCCUCAGCUUGAGGUGUUCACAUAAAACAGUUUGUAUUGAGAAGUGCUGCGGUGAUCGUUAUGCUGCGCGUCGAGAUCGGCGACUCUUGGGGCGCGGUUGGCGGGAGCAGCUCAGCCUGAUUCAUUUGAAUUAAAGUUACCCAACUAAAUAAAAUGGAUUCAAAUCCCCACUUUUGCUGCUUUCAUUCUUUUCAACCCUUUUCUGGCUGUUAUUUUUUUCUUUCUAUAAAGGAACCACGAGCAUUUCUUUUGAUGAAGAAGUUUGUACAUUUACUGUCUUUGCAUACAUGUCUGUAUUUCCUAUUUUGCCCAACUUCAUGUGUGGCACCUUCUUCUGUUUGAUGUUGAAAUGUAAUUAUGUCUCGUGGAGG